CCAAUGAGGAGACGCUGGGCGGAGCUCCGUGUCUUUCUAAGGUUGUCUAUCGGUACUACACGGCAUAGAAAGUGGCAAAAUGCUGCAGGUCGGGCGGAUCGUGAGGGCUUGCUCCAGGAUCGGGCGUGUGAAUUACUCCUCUGCGUCUCUGCCUCAGACCAAACUCUUCAUAAAUGGGCAGUUUGUGGACUCGGAGACUUCAGACUGGAUCGACAUCCACAACCCGGCCACGAAUGAGGUGAUUGGACGGGUGCCACAAGCCACACAGGGCGAGAUGGAAGCGGCAGUGAGGGCUUGUGAGCAGGCGUUCCCAGCCUGGUCAGAGACCUCCAUCCUGAACCGCCAGCAGAUCUUCCUCCGCUACCAGCAGCUCAUUAAGGAUAAUCUGAAAGAGUUGGCCCACCUGAUAACGCUGGAGCAGGGGAAAACCUUGGCUGAUGCAGAAGGAGAUGUCUUCCGUGGACUACAGGUGGUGGAGCAUGCCUGCAGUGUGACCUCUCUCAUGCUGGGAGAAACAUUGCCCUCUCUGACCAAGGACAUGGACACCUACACCUUCCGCCUCCCCUUGGGGGUGUGUGCCGGCAUUGCUCCCUUUAACUUCCCGGCGAUGAUCCCUCUGUGGAUGUUUCCGAUGGCCAUGGCUUGUGGGAACACUUACCUGAUGAAGCCGUCGGAGCGAGUCCCCGGAGCCACCAUGUUCCUGGCCCGUCUGCUGCAAGAUGCUGGUGCCCCGAAUGGCACCUUGAAUAUCAUCCACGGCCAGCAUGCAGCUGUGAAUUUCAUAUGUGAUCAUCCAGCUAUUCGGGCAAUCAGCUUUGUGGGGUCUAACCAGGCCGGAGAAUACAUCUAUGAGAGGGGGUCUCGAAAUGGCAAGCGAGUGCAGUCCAACAUGGGGGCCAAAAACCAUGGAGUGGUGAUGCCAGAUGCCAAUAAGGAGAACACCCUGAACCAGCUCGUUGGAGCAGCAUUUGGUGCAGCAGGCCAGCGGUGUAUGGCAUUGUCAACUGCUGUUCUUGUUGGGGAGGCUAAGAAAUGGCUUCCUGAGUUAGUUGAAAAAGCAAAGAAGUUGCGAGUGAACGCCGGUGACCAGCCAGGGGCCGACGUGGGGCCCCUAAUCAGUAAAGAGGCCAAGCAGCGGGUGUGCAGCCUGAUUGACAGUGGCGUGAAGGAGGGCGCCGCGCUGCUGCUCGAUGGCCGCAACAUCAAAGUGAAGGGUUAUGAGAACGGCAACUUUGUGGGGCCCACAGUAUUGGCGGGUGUGACGCCAGACAUGACCUGCUAUAAGGAGGAGAUCUUUGGACCAGUAUUGGUGGUUCUAGGAGCUGACACUCUGGAUGAAGCGAUCGACAUUGUAAAUAAAAAUCCAUAUGGAAAUGGAACAGCAAUCUUUACCACAAAUGGAGCCACAGCCCGGAAGUACACUCACCUGGCAGAUGUGGGACAGAUCGGUGUGAAUGUGCCCAUCCCAGUGCCGCUGCCAAUGUUCUCAUUCACUGGAUCUCGUGCCUCUUUUCGGGGAGACACCAACUUCUAUGGCAAGCAGGGGAUUUAUUUUUACACGCAGUUAAAGACGGUAAUUUCUCAGUGGAAAGAGGAGGACGCCACCGUAACCAGUCCAGCUGUGGUCAUGCCGACCAUGGGCCGGUGAACAGCACGGGCCGAGGCCUUUUACAGUGGACUCUGAAUGUCAGGCCCAUAGUGAUCUGUGAGAUUUACAAGGGGAAUAAAUGUCUACAUUUGUUGAC